UUCAUUCAAAUUAACUCGAUUUCUCUUCAACAUUUCUUCAAGAAAUGCAAAAAAUGGAGUUCUCCUCCUUUUUCCUUCUCUUUCUCACAUGUUCAAGUCUUCUCCACCUUCCUCUUAUCACAAGUCAAAACCAACAACCCAUUAAAACCAUUGUCGUUCUAGUUCUCGAGAACAGAUCAUUCGACCACAUGAUAGGCUGGAUGAAGAAAUCCAUUAACCCAUCAAUCAAUGGAGUCACAGGUCAAGAAUGCAACCCGGUUUCAACCAAAACAAAAGAAUCCGAAUCCAUCUGCUACACAAAUGAUGCAGAAUACGUUGAUCCAGAUCCGGGUCACACCUUCGAAAACGUCGAGCAACAAGUAUUCGGAUCCGGAUCAGAAUCCAACACCUUCCCUUCAAUGUCAGGUUUCGUAGAACAAGCCUUAUCCAUUUCAAAAAACCUCUCUGAAACCGUCAUGAAAGGAUUCAAACCAGAAUCCAUACCCGUUUACACAACUUUAGUGAAAGAAUUCGCAACAUUCGAUCGUUGGUUCUCAUCUCUCCCGGGUCCAACACAACCCAACAGACUAUUCGUUUACUCUGCAACUUCAUUCGGAUCCACCAACCAUGACAAGAAACAACUUGCAAUAGGAUACCCACAAAAAACCAUUUUUGAUUCAUUAUACGAAAACGGUUACAAUUUUGGAAUCUAUUUCCAAAACAUACCAACAACGUUGUUCUAUAGAAACAUGAGGAAACUUAAGUAUGCUUUUAAGUUUCAUUCUUAUGAUUUGAAAUUCAAAAAGGAUGCUCGAGAUGGGAAACUACCGAAUUUGACGGUUAUUGAACCGAGGUAUUUUGAUUUGAAGGGAUUUGCAGCAAACGAUGAUCAUCCGUCGCAUGAUGUUGCAAAUGGUCAGAAACUUGUGAAGGAGGUUUACGAGACUUUGAGGGGAAGUCCUCAAUGGAAUGAGACGGUUUUGGUGAUCACUUAUGAUGAACAUGGUGGGUUUUAUGAUCAUGUUCAAACGCCUUUUGAGAAUGUUCCAAAUCCAGAUGGGAAUAUAGGACCCGACCCGAAUUUCUUUAAGUUUGAUCGACUUGGAGUUCGUGUUCCAACCAUCAUGGUUUCGCCUUGGAUCAAGAAAGGAACUAUAAUAAGUAGGCCACAAGGACCAACUCCAAACUCAGAGUAUGAACACUCAUCAAUCCCAGCAACCAUCAAGAAAAUCUUCAACCUCUCUUCCGAUUUCCUGACGAAUAGAGAUUCUUGGGCAGGCACGUUUGAACACAUCGUGUCCGAAUUAACUUCUCCAAGGAUAGAUUGUCCCGAGAGUCUGCCGGAAGUAACUCCGUUGAGAAUGACCGAAGCCGAUGAAAAGAGGGGGCUGUCGGGGUUUCAAAAGGAGGUGGUUGAGCUGGCCAGUGUAUUGAAUGGAGAGCAUUUGCUGAACAGUUUUUGGCAGGAGGAGAAGAAGAAGACAUUAAUGUCCGUGAAGGAGGCGGAGGAGUAUACAAGAAAGGCUGUGUCUAGAUUCUUAAGAGCUAGCAAACAGGCUUUCAAGAUGGGUGCGAAUCCGUCCGCCAUUGUAGAUAUGAGAUCUUCUCUUACUACUAGAUCAAAAACUCUUAAUUAACUAUCAUUUCAUCUUCAAGCUAAU